AGCUGCAGAGCAUCCCUGCAGAGGAUCCUGAGACAACGGAUGCCGUCUCCUGCAGCCUCUGCCCCAGGUACCAUGAAGACCUCUGCAGCUGCUCUCACGGUCAUCCUCACUGCUGCCACCCUCUGCGGUCCUGCAUCUGCCUCCCCAUAUGGCUCAGACACCACUCCCUGCUGCUUUUCCUACCUCUCCCUUGCGCUGCCUCGUGCCCACGUCAAGGAGUAUUUCUACACCAGCAGCAAGUGCUCCAACUCUGCGGUCGUCUUUGUCACCCGAAGGAACCGUCAAGUGUGUGCCAACCCAAAGAAGAAGUGGGUUCAGGAAUACAUCAACUAUUUGGAGAUGAAGUAGAAGAGAGAGCGUCUUGCGCCUACUCCUGCAUAACUUACCCGUCACUGCUCGCUCUAGUGCUAACCUGCUUGCCGCUGAGCAACCCCCUGCUCCCACUCAUUCCUAGGGGUGCAGAGAUGCUACCGUACCAUAGAGAUUCUAACUGCGUCCUCUCCUAGAGCCUGGGAGGUCUACUGAGGCCCCGCCCCAUGACAACAGGAAGGCUCAUGACUCUGAGCUUCAGGCUCCUCAGCUUGGUUUUUGGACCAGAAAAGAAGUCUGAGUAUCUCUCAGAAAAAGAAGGAACAUGGAAACCCCAUAUAUAAAUGCUCACAUGCCAGGCCCUCACAGGCUCUGCACAGCAAACCCAAGAAAUCAGCGUUUCAUUAAAAUUUCUGAUGCAAGGACAAA